GGCAGAAUGUUUACAGUAAAAAAUAAUGUUUGGGGUUUAGAAUCAGUUAUCAAUUGAAAUUCUCAGAGAAUAAAUACACAAUAUAGUCAAAACUCGAAUUAAGGGCGGCAAGAUGAUAGACAUCCUGUCGCUGCCUCGCCGGAACAAGGUGUCCGGUAAUCCGGCACUUUUAAAGAUGCUCUCCUCGUACAAGACCGGGCUGCCCAUCAACAGUCUGCCCGGCUGGGAGCUGAUACCCCUUAACUGCAAGCUGCCCAUGCUCAAGUGUCCUGGGAAUCAGGUUAUAUUCUCCAAGAAUAAGAUCGGACAAUCGUUCAAGAGCGGCAUGCAGGAGUUCGUGUCCUCGGUCACGGAGCACAUUCCCGAGUACAAUCCGCUGCACGACUCCAACCUGAAGACCUUCUACUCCAACGAGCGCAAUUUGAAGCGCCUGCGCGAGAACGGCGAGAUCACGGAGGACAACGAUGUGAUCUGCAAUCUGAAGGACUUCAACCGGCACCGCCAGGAGCUACACAAAUCGCAGCUCUACUACAUCCUGCAGGCGUACAAGAGGCGCGAGCAGGAGCAGUAUGAUCGCAUGCUGAUCGCCAAUGCCGAGUCCAUAACGAAGCGGGAUCACCAGAAUCUGGCGGCUCGCCACCAGAGCACCGACCAGGUGCUGGUCCGGAAGCAGCAGCUGGAGGCCGAGCGUCACGAGCGGAAGGUGCAUCUCCUGAACAUUACGUACGAGAAGUUCAAGCGGCUCGAGAACCUGGCCACCAUGCAGAACUUCCUGCUGGAGCACCGCAAGAUGCUGACGAACAUUCGAGUGGCCGCGCACAUCAGCAUGUGCCAGGACCUGCAGCGGAAGGAACUGAUCAAGCAGAAGAAGCUCUUCCAGUUCAAGAAGGACCGCUUCAACAAGAACAUGCGGCUGCUGAGGAAACAGCGACUGAUCAAGAACACCGAACACCAGAUCCAGUCCUGGCACAAGCGCUUGGACGAGCGCAUUGCCCAGCAGGGCCGCAUCAACUACCUGCUGCAGGACGUGGAGAAGGAGCGGGCGAAGUUCAUCGAGAGACACAAGGCCCUGUACAGGGAGAAGUGGCAGAAGAUUCAGGACGAUAUCAAGGAGCGCUCCCGCCAAUCCAAAGCCGCUCGCAAGCCCAAGAGGAGUGGAAAGCGGCGCAGGCCAAAGCGGCCACCUCCGUCGCAGGUGUCGAAGCACACCUUCUGCGACGAGUACGAGGCCACCUUUGAGGGUCUGCUGGACAACGAUCUGUGCUAUGCUCUGAAUGCCGCCAUUGCCAUGGAGGGCCAAACGCCGCUGACCUUUGCUCCCGAUGAUCCCAUCUACAAGGCGGCCCGCUACAUUCUCGAUCACAUAGUCACCGGCUUCAACGACGAUCUCAGCGAGGACGACUGUGCCCUUCUGGUACUCAGUUCACGCAUCCAGGAGUUUAUCUGCGAUGCCAAGAGAUAUGUGCACUCGAAAGCCGCCCAGAUCAUUGGCUUUGCGAGGGACCACUGCGCCAUUGAUGUGCCCACAUCGUUGACCAGGUCAGCGGCACCGCAAAAGAAUCAUUCGCGCGCCUCGCACGUAUCCUUCAGCGGCGUGGCCAGCACCAUUGGCGUGGGCAGCUACGAGAUCCAUCCGUUUGUGGAUGUCCGUCCGUGCUCGGACCGCAGGCCCACGCCGGCGGGUUCAUUGGCCUCGCUGGCGGUCAGCCAGAUUGGCGAGCGGGUGAUCCAGGACAGAUCGCGAAUGCCGCAUCUUAAGCGCAACCAGAUCGUGUACAUCGAGCACUAUCUGGUGAAGUUCAAGCGGGACUUGCUGGUGGGCCUGGACAAGUUGGUCUUUGCGGCCAUUCAGUGUCAUUUCGAGAACCAGAUGAUGGAGGUGCGCGAGGAGCUGCUGGCCCUGGACAGGAACUAUCUGUUCGAUCAGAUUGCCCGGGGCAUACUCAGCUAUGCAGUGAAUCCACUUAACUAUCAGGCGGUGCUCAAGCUGAGCGUGAGCGUGCUGUCCCACGAGGUCAUUUGGGAGCUGCAACAGACGAUGCUCAAGCCGGGCGUAGAUCCGCGUGGCAUGAACCAUCCCAUGUCCUGUGGCACAGAAAGGGACCGCGAGAAUCUGGCCCUCUGCAUUCCUUAGAAGGAGGAGGAGCAGCGGAAUUACCUGCCAACAAAUUUCCCGUGAUAACUGGCGACUCUUCCGAGUCCAUUCUUGUUUUUCUGGGUCAACAGAUCUACCAAAUUCCCUGUGCUGUUUGUUGUCAAUUUGUUGUUGAAUAAAAUAUGUUAAUUGUUGAGCAAAAA